AUGGCCGAUGUCGAAUCAUCAAGUGCUGUCCAACAGCAGCCACCAUCUUCGACUACCAACAUUAUUCCUCUUUUAGCUGCUGCGGAGAUUCUAAGUGAUAACAGCACUACCGCUUCGACAUCCAAUUUGUCACAACAGGCAAAUAUGCAGUCGAAUAGUGCAUCAAACAGUGGCGGUGCCUCUAACACACCCUCUGAUGAACCCCCAACUAAAAAACAAAUGCUAGAUAAUCCAUCGACUUCCUCCUCGAUGUCGGUACCCCCAUCAGCGGUUUGUGAGAAACUUGAAAGUCGUUUAGGCGGAAUUUUAUGCUGUGCCGUCUGUUUGGAUUUGCCAAAAACUGCAAUGUAUCAGUGUCAAAUGGGUCAUCUUAUGUGCGCAGCUUGUUUCACCCAUUUAUUGGCAGAUGCUCGUUUAAGAGAACAAAUUGCUACUUGUCCCAACUGCCGCGUUGAAAUAUCUAAAAGCACAGCAUCUCGUAAUUUGGCAGUGGAAAAGGCGGCAUCUGAACUUCCGAGCGAGUGUCAGUAUUGCAAUAAGGAGUUUCCUUACAAGUCUUUGGAUCGUCAUGAACAAUACGAAUGCUGCGAACGCCCGACUAACUGCAAAUAUUCACGUAUUGGCUGUCAAUGGCGAGGACCUAAUCAUGAGACUACUGAGCACGAGCGAAAUUGCUUGCACCCAAAUAAAUCUGGAUAUGAAGUAAUAUCAGCACUUGAGUCCCACGAUGCCAAAAUAAAAGAGGAAAAGAAAAUGUUCAACACGCUUAUUGAUCUCUUAAGCUAUGAAAAAAUUAUAUUCAACGAUUUGCAAAUGAAACCCUAUCGUACGGACGAGUACGUCCAUAAACUUUUUUAUGAAACCGCUCGCUUCUCUGCAUUCAAUCAUCAGUGGGUGGUGAAGGCACGAAUCAAUAAUAGUCAACGGGAUCCCCAUCAAUCCAAUGAACGUAAUAUUACUUAUCAGCUUAUUUUGAAAUCAAAAACUAGUACUCCAAUGAGUAUACAUUUCUUUGCUCUAAAGGGACCCUUUUCUGACAUGAAAGUUGGAACUCAAAUAUAUAAACAUGAUUUUACAGAACAGAGUACAGAGAGUGAUUAUUACCUUUUACCUUUGCCUGAUAGCAACGAAUGUAACCGCCUAUUGUCCAAUAAAGGCAUUAAUUUCCGUCUCUUGAUGUUCUUGCUUAACAAAUAAGGACUUUGCUUUGGAAUC